AGGCGGUGCAGUUGGGAAGUGGAAAGAAUCGACGUCCCCUUUGUACUUUCGUACCUGCCCUGACCUUCAACCGCGCCUUCCCACCGUUGGUUGAGGCUGCGCAAUGGACCCACCCAGUCUAACCCGGAACGCCUCUCCCGCAACUCUAUUCGCAGGCUACACUUCCUUCGUAUUCGAAGUCCAUGUCACCUCACGCAAAGGGCAACCUUCGGCCAGUGAGUUAACGCGUCGGACCAGUGGACCAUUGUAAUCAAGAACCGCUGCGAAUGACCAUCACGCGUAGUCGUGUUGGCAUGAUUAUUGAUCCACCUUUGUCCUGAUAUUCAGCAUUGUCCAACUUCUCUCUUCAGUCGCAUGGCGGGAUAGUGCCUUGGCUAACUGGUACGAGCAGAUAGGGCAUGUCACAGCGUCUGGUUCGGCGAUGUCGACCAUAUCUGUUCAUCAAUUAUGCCCGCUUCCAACGCGUGUCUAGUCGGCGCUCGUUCUUCCAGGGGUCUGCUUGGCAUGCCAAUAACGGGGGAGAACGGCAUGUUACAAACGACUACAAGCGUCGCGUAGCCCAGCUUGAGGAAGCCCAGGGGACAUUGGAGGAGUGCUAUCCACCACUUGCCCAGAGUCAACGUGCGCGGGUCACGGUCGAAGAAUUUCGGUCAAAAUUCAAUGACCUUUUGAAUUCCGGGGAGACGCAGCACGAUGAACAAGUCUUGGUUGCAGGCAGGAUCCAAGCGGUCCGCACCGCUGGCAAUAAACUGCUCUUCCUGGACCUGAAACAAGAAGGCCACACCAUCCAAGUAAUUUGCCAAUUGCGCGAACUCAACGCCAAUGCCAACACAGAGCCCCCCGAGUUCAAGGCUUUUGCCAAACUGGUACGAAAGGGCGACUGGUAUGAGGCCAAUGGACGACCACAUCGCUCGCUGAACGGAGAGCUCUCGGUCCUCGCCGAUAGCCUACCGGUCCUACUCGCACCGUCACUGCACCAGAUUCCGGACACUUUGGAUGAUGCGGAGACCAGGUCGACAAAUCGGCCGGUCGACAUGCUCGUCAAUGCGGAAGCUGUGCAGACCUUACGUGUGAGGCAUCUCGUAGAAAGACACCUCAACGACUUCUUCGGCCAGCGUGGAUUUACAAAGGUCUCCACGCCCAUCCUAUCUGCAGGUGCUGGUGGCGCUAUAGCCAGGCCCUUUGAGACGGAGGCCACCGAGCUCGAACGUCAGACAUUGAAUCUUCGAAUUGCCCCGGAGCUUUGGCUCAAACGACUCGUGGUUGGAGGCAUGGAGAAAGUGUACGAGAUUGGGCCUGCAUUCCGCAACGAAGGAGUCGACGCAACGCACAAUCCCGAGUUUUACACGUGCGAGUUCUACGAAGCCUUGGCCACUUUGGAUGAUCUGAUGGUUACGACGGAACAACUACUGGCUUCCAUGUCCCAGUCAAUCGACAAGGAGAGAGAUGCUAGGUUGAGCGCUCUUCCGUUGCCAGAAGUAUCCUUUGAGAGCCCGUUUCCGAAACUGCAAUUCAUUCCCACCAUUGAGCGGGAGUCCGGCCGAGCACUACCCGAUCUUGCCCACCCCGACGCAGCACAUCGAGAACUGACACGGCUGUUCAAAGACCAAGACAUCCCUCUGCCAUCGAAUCCCACGCUCCCUCGCCUGCUGGAUGCACUAGGCGCACACUACAUCGAGCCUCUGUGCCAGAGUCCAACAUUCAUCACCCACCACCCGGCCGUUCUCUCUCCUCUUUCCAAGCACGCCAUCUGCCCGCAAACUAAUCAGCUCAUAUCCCUACGCGCAGAGCUUUUCAUCCAAGGAAGAGAGUACGCGAACAUGUACGAAGAGGAAAACUCACCGUUCGCGCAAAGACGCAAAUUCCAGGAGCAGCUGGCCUUUCGAGAAGUGGACGGCGAGAGCGACGGAAAGGGCGGACUGGAUGAGAAUUACCUCGAGACUUUGGAAUGGGGCCUACCGCCUACGGGUGGGUGGGGAUGCGGUAUUGAUCGAUUGGUGAUGCUUUUUGCAGGCAGGGAGCGGAUUAGUGAUGUUCUACCUUUUGGCACGCUUCGGAAUGUUGUUGCGCUGGGGAAAGCGAGGUGAGGCUUUGCCAGUUAGAAAGGAGACUGCAUGUAGGUAGAUCGUAGUUCCUCCACGAAGUCGUCUGUCAUCAAAUGACUCGAGAUGGCUAUCUACAUUCUCUUCUACCUCUGAAACUGACUUGGAUGGCCAUAUCCACUUGUGCGGGGAUGUCGAAUGUGGACUUUGGAGGCUAUCUUCACUAUUGAACUGAGUUGCAGGUGAAUAUGACCUGGCUGCAGGUGUCAAAGACGCGCAUUAAAGUUUGG